GUGCCCUGCAUAUGUUAAAAUUCAACUCCAGACUGCAGUUCUCUUCCAUCCUUAACUCAGUUUAACAACUGAAAAACAGCAACAUGUCAGAUCAAUCUGCUUUUGACACAGAUGUGUGGACUCUCACACGGUUUGUCAUGGAGACGGGGAGACAAGCCAAGGGUGCGACUGGAGAACUUACCCAGCUUAUCAACUCCAUGCUAACAGCUAUCAAAGCAAUUUCAUCUGCUGUGAGGAAAGCUGGACUCGCUCACCUUCAGGGCAUCGCUGGGCACAUUAACGUCACCGGUGAUGAGGUGAAAAAGCUGGAUGUGCUGUCCAAUGAUCUGGUCAUCAACAUGCUGCAGGCCUCUUACAGCACCUGUGUCCUCGUCUCUGAGGAGAACAAAGAAGCCAUUAUCACCUCCGCAGAGAAACGGGGUAAAUACGUGGUGUGUUUUGAUCCACUGGAUGGCUCCUCCAACAUCGACUGCUUGGCACCUAUAGGCACCAUCUUUGCCAUCUACAGGAAGGUUUCAGAAGGUGAGCCAACAGAGAAGGAUGCUUUCCAACCAGGCAAUCAAAUCGUGUGUGCCGGUUAUGCACUGUACGGCAGUGCCACUAUAGUGGCUCUCAGUACUGGAGCUGGACUCAACUUCUUCAUGUUAGAUCCAGCCAUAGGUGAGUUCAUCCUAACAGACAGAAACGUGAAGAUCAAGAAGAAGGGGAAGACCUACAGCUUAAACGAAGGCUAUGCCAAGUACUUCGAUCCUGCAGUGACCGAGUACAUAAAACACAAGAAAUUUCCUGAGGAUGGCAGUGCUCCAUAUGGUGCCAGAUACGUGGGCUCCAUGGUUUCAGAUGUGCAUCGUACCAUUGCUUAUGGCGGCAUCUUCUUGUACCCUGCCAACGAGAAGAGCCCUAAAGGAAAGCUACGGCUGCUGUACGAGUGUAACCCCAUUGCCUUCCUAGUGGAGCAGGCUGGAGGAAUAGCCACCACAGGCACGCAGAGAGUCCUGGACGUAAAGCCCGAGUCUGUGCAUCAGAGGAUUCCAUUCGUAGUGGGGUCUCCGGAUGAUGUGGAGGAAUACCUGUCCUUUGUCAAAAAAUAUCAGAAAUAGAGUUUUCCCUAUACAUAUCUGGUCUGUUCACUGCAGACUAAUGAGCAGUUUAGCUAUGUUUAUUUCUGAUGUGAAUUACAUCCUGCCAGUAAACAGGCAUGCACCAACGGGUGAACAUGUGAAUCUCAUCACACACGGAAAUUACGCCUUAAUUUGUAGUCUAAAAAGCCCUAGGCUCUGUAACAAUCUAGAAAACAUGGUUUAAUAUUAGUGCUAGUAUUAGUGACUUAUUUCAUUAAUUGUAACCUCCAGAGUCUACAUGUCAUUUUUGAAGUAUUUGACUGCAGUCAUCUCAAAAUUUGAACCUUAUUCAUCAUAUUCAAUCAUCUAACUCAGUCAUCACUUCCCUUCAGUUUCCAGAGUACAGCCUCAGGCAGUGUUCCCACCCUGCCUUGGGUCUCUAGAAUGUUGUGGUUGGUGUUGUUGGCUUUAUUUAUCAAGUUCAUCAUGAGGUUGUUUAUCAACUCUCCUUUUCCUGGAUCUUCAACUGUUUUGUCCAGAUUCACUAACCCCAAAAUACGCUGGCUGUAUGUAAUGAGUGCUGGCUACAUUGUAAUGUAGCAUAUGCUGUAUGUUAAAACAAUACACUGAUAAUAUGCUGUA